GCCUUCUCAUGCAACAUUGCUAUAUGCUUCUCUUUGAUUAAAAAGAAGCAAAAAUAAUUGGAUCCAUUUGGAUCUUCUUCUUCUUCUUCUUCGGUUAAGUCAUUUGGAUCAUGAUACUUGUUGACUCAUUACCAUUUGGAUCAUUUGCUAUGUACUUCUCUAUGAUUAGAAACCAGCAAAACUAAUUUGGAUCAUUUGAUACUUUCUUUUUGUCCUUCAUCAGUCCUGAAAAAGCACAGCUUGAGAAUGCACAAAUACCUUCGGAUGGCGACCAAUGCCAUUUCCCAAAAGAAGGCAGAGAAGAUAUCCAUUCAUGGCAAGUUGGCUCUCAUGUGGAAGAUAUCGAUCCCGAGAUUCAUUCUACUUUUCCUAAAAACCUCAACUCUGGAUUGACAACCAAUCCAAGAUCAUGGCAUACUCGAAGCUCCUCGCGUCGCAGACAUCAUCUAAGAAAUGCUCAUGGAAUUCUAAAUAUCAUAGGAUGGGGGACCUUCUUGCCCAUUGGAGUGAUCAUUGCAAGGUACUAUAGGAAUCUGCCCAUGAAGUAUAAGGAAUGGUACUCACUUCACAUUUUGUGUCAGAUCUCGGGAUUUAUUCUGGGAACUAUUGGAUGGGGCAUUGGCAUGAAGCUUGGAAAUGCCUCCGAAACCCAUCGAAUUCUCAGUACCAUUGUUUUCAUAUUGGCAACAACACAAGUUUUCGCUGCCCUCUUCUUGCAACCAAAGGAAGAUGACAAGUACCGAAAAUACUGGGAAGUGCAGCAUUAUCUUCUGGGCUAUGUGCUGAUCGCGCUGAUAAUAGUAAACAUCUUCCAAGGCAUUAGCAACCAGAAACCUGCUGAGAAAUGGAAAUGGUCUUAUGUGGGAUUACUUGGAGUUUUAGCUUCCACUGCAGUGGCUCUGGAAAUUCUGAAAUGGAUUGAGUUCAUAAAACACCGGCGAGUGGUGCUGAACAACAAUUCGUACAACACUUCCUCAUAAGUUCAUUUUGGCUGCUUCCCAUCUUCAUAAUUCAUUUCUGUUUCUUUCUGGUUUUUAACUCUUUGGAGCAGCAGCCAUUUUGGAGAACUGCCAUUACAAGCUUCCGUGAUUUUGAAUAAUACCAGAUAAAUUUGUCGGUAAACUAAGUCAAUGAAUGAGUCUUCAUUUGAUCCAAUAAUCAUUAAUCUGACGGUGCCACUGCUAAUCACAAUAUUCAGUUUCAUUCAAUACUUUUCCCAUGUAUGUUUCCUGGGCAGAUCUAAAGAUGACAAAUUCCCUGUUAAAAUUAGUUGCAGCUAACAUGAAAGAUGUGAGCUUUGGUAUGCAAUUUGGUGGAAGAAGAUUAAGAAAGGCCGAGAAGCCAUUAAUUAUUGAAGUCAUUUUCACAAAAAUAAAAAAUUAAUUAAUUUUAGCUAUCAAAAUGUUGUUCUCCAUCACUGUACCUGGUAUUAAAGAUUAGUCAUUCAUCGAGACAGAAGCCAUUAAUAAAUUUUUCAGACAUACUUGGAACAUUUUUUUCUCUUCUUUCUUCCUCAUUAUUUUGUUGUCCCAGGUCUUUUUCAAAGAGAAGCCAACAUUUAUGACCUGUUUAAUUCUAAAGAACAAGUUCUGUUCUUCAUUUUUUUUUUAUUUAAUUAAAAGUUAAGGAUAUCUUUUAAUUUUUUUAUUUUCAAUAUUGAUAUAAACAUUAUAAAUGAUGUAAGCUAAAAGUCAAAAACUGUAACAUUUUUAUAAUUUUAAAGCAUAAAAUAAAAUAAUAUAAAUUUUAAUUUUUAGUUCUAAUAUAAAUAUAAAAUAGUAUGAAAGGGCAAAAAGGGAGAGAGCAAAAUAUUCCUCGCCAGACGGCAGAAAUGAAAUGCCACCUUAGGAUUCGCAGAGCAGCACUGUUUACAAAACUCCCUCACCCAGCUGGGAAGAGGACCAAAUGAGCCAUCUCGUGGGCAAGAAAGGGAAGGAAGAAGAAGAACGGAGAGAAGAAGAGGGGGAUCAGUCUCGGUUUCAGUCUCCUAACAUGGCCGCAUCUUCCGCCGUGGACGGCGUAGCCGCGGCGGCUUUACGCUCGGUGCUCCAGCGAGUCCACCAGGCCGCCGAGAGGUGCGGCCGACCCUCCGAUCAGGUCAGGGUAGUGGCAGCCAGCAAGACCAAACCCGUCUCACUCAUUCGCCAGGUCUACGACGCCGGUCACCGCUGUUUCGGCGAAAACUACGUCCAGGAGAUUGUCGAAAAAGCUCCGCAGCUUCCGGAGGAUAUUGAGUGGCAUUUUAUUGGGAAUUUGCAGAGCAACAAAGUAAAACCUCUCCUGUCUGGUGUGCCAAACCUUGCCAUGGUGGAGACUGUAGAUGAUGAGAAGAUCGCAAAUCAUCUUAAUCGCACAGUUGCUAGCAUUGGAAGAAAGCCUUUGAAGGUUUUAGUUCAAGUAAAUACUAGUGGAGAAGCAUCAAAAUCAGGUGUCGAACCAGCAGGUUGUGUGGACCUUGCAAAACAUGUUAGUUUGGCCUGCCCCAACCUUGAGCUUUGUGGCCUAAUGACUAUAGGGAUGCUGGACUAUUCGUCGACUCCUGAGAACUUUAGGAUAUUGUCAAACUGCAGGCAUGAAGUCUGCAAGGCACUAGGAAUAACAGAAGAACAAUGUGAUCUGUCAAUGGGCAUGUCUGGUGACUUUGAGCAAGCAAUUGAAAUGGGCAGCACCAAUGUGAGAAUUGGCACUACAAUAUUUGGAGCAAGGGAGUAUCUAAAGAAACAAUCGAACUAGUUGCCGCAGUUGUUCUACCUUCUGGAAAGAUCUAAUGACAUUCUUGUAAUCUUCUUAAGUAUUGACUUUUGAUGGAAUCUGUCCACCAUUAUUUAAACUGGGGAAGCAACCUUCACUCCCCACAACCCACCCAAAAAAUACUUUUUUAAAAUGGAAUUAUAAAAAAAAAAUGCUCUUUUUUAUUUGUCUUGAUAAACCCCAAUUUACUUUACUAGCAUGGUGGAGGUUGGCAAGUUCACAAGUAGUCGAUGUUGUGUGUAAGAUAAUAAUGAACGAUGUAAAGGGAAAAAUGUUUGUGAACCAUCUUUUUUAAGUAAUAAAUGCAUGUGAUCUGAAGUGCGUAAUUGUGACUUGCA